GAAUCUGUCUGACAACGUGGUAGCCAUUUUGUGGUCAAUUUUGCGUGGUGGUGAUUUUAGUAUAGGAGUUGUAUUUUAUAGUGAAUAUUGUUUUUCAAUUGUGCUAUAGAAAUAAAUUUUAAGUGUAUUUUACACAAAGAAACUAUAAUGCCGGGCGCCGGUACUUUCAAAAUCUUCGUCGGGAAUCUAUCCGAUAAAACAACAGACGCCGAUUUAAGACCGUUGUUCGAAAAGUACGGUACGGUCGUAGAAUGCGAUAUCGUCCGAAAUUACGGUUUCGUGCAUAUGGAAAACGAGCAAGUCGGCCGCGAAGCCAUUCAAAACCUUAACGGAGAGAUAGUUCAUGGUCAGGCGAUUAAAAUAGAAGCGGCCAAGAGUCGAAAGGCGCCGUCGACGCCGACCACUAAAAUCUUCGUCGGUAACCUCACGGACAAAACGCGCGCGCCAGAAGUCCGCGAGCUGUUUCAGAAGUUCGGCACGGUCGUGGAAUGCGAUAUCGUUCGUAACUAUGGCUUCGUGCACUUGGACGCGUCGGGCGACGUGAACGAAGCGAUUAAAGAGUUGAACGGUAUGAUGGUAGACGGGCAGCCCAUGAAGGUGCAGCUGUCGACGAGCCGGGUGCGGCAGCGGCCGGGCAUGGGCGACCCCGAGCAGUGCUACCGCUGCGGCCGCGGCGGCCACUGGUCCAAGGAGUGCCCCAAGGUCAUGGGGCCCGACCGCAACGGUUUCCGCGAUCGAGCGUUCGGCCGCGACCCCUACCCCCCGCCGCCGCCGCCGCCUUUCCUCCGCGAUCGCAUGAUGGGAGGAUUUGGGGAUCCAUAUGACACCUACUAUGAUCGGGCACGUUUCGACUCUCCGAGGGAUCUGUUUGAGCGUCGGUAUCCUGUUGGAAGUUCCCGGGGACUAGAUAUGGGCGCAUCGAGAGCGAGAGGCGACUUCGUGUCUCCCCCGCUGCGCCGCGAGCCAAUGCCACCCAUGCCCAGCUUGCCUCCCAUGAGCAGAAGCAUGGGUUCAAUGCGUUCAUCAUAUGACGCCAUGUACAGUCGCAGAAGUCCCCCAAGGGGACCACAAAUGUCUAGAGGAUUAUAUGAAGACUUCAGUAGAGAUACAUUUGAUGACAGAAGGCCAGGACUGCGCGGGCCGUCUCCUUCUAGAAGAUACGCGCCAUAUUGAGAUAUUCGCUUACUUUUUAAGCACAAAGCUACAGUCCUUUAGUGUGAUUACUAAUUAUUUUUGACUACCUUAGAUAUUGAAUCUUACAAAUAUGGACAAUAUUUUACUGGUUUAGGUGACCGCAGAUGACUGAUUUGCAGAUUUUUAAUAUUUGUGCGUGAUUGUAUGGUUGCAAGAUGAAUGAAAUGCUAACGAAUGUUUAUAGGAUAAUAAAUAUCAGUUAAGUAAAUUUUAA